AUGGCAGCAAAAGAUUCAAAACUUGCAGGAACUGGUAAAGUUACAGCUUUAGGAACAGCGUUACGUCCGCUUAACUCAGAGUACGGAAAAGUAGCUCCGGGUUGGGGAACAACUAUUUUAAUGUCUGUAUUUAUCGGAUUAUUUGCAGUAUUCAUUGUAAUCCUUCUUGAAAUCUACAACAAGUCAUUAAUUCUUGAUAACGUAGGUGUAAACUGGCUUUCAAGUACUGGUCUUUAA